AUGGGAGACCUGUUUAUGCUCAGGGUAGCUGUGGGCAUAUGCUAUGCCACCUUCAGUGCCUCUGCCUGGUCAGUGAACAAUUUCCUGAUAACAGGUCCCAAGGCCUACCUGACCUACACGACCAGCGUGGCUCUGGGUGCCCAGAGUGGCAUUGAGGAGUGUAAGUUCCAAUUUGCUUGGGAACGCUGGAACUGCCCGGAAAAUGCUCUCCAGCUCUCCACUCACAACAGGCUGAGAAGUGCCACCAGGGAGACUUCUUUCAUUCAUGCCAUCAGCUCUGCAGGAGUCAUGUAUACCAUCACCAAGAACUGUAGCAUGGGCGAUUUUGAAAACUGUGGCUGCGAUGAGUCGAAAAAUGGAAAAACAGGAGGUCCUGGCUGGAUCUGGGGAGGCUGCAGCGACAAUGUGGAAUUUGGGGAAAGGAUCUCCAAACUCUUUGUGGACAGCUUGGAAAAGGGAAAGGACGCUAGAGCCCUGAUGAAUCUUCACAACAACAGGGCAGGCAGACUGGCAGUGCGAGCCAUCAUGAGAAGGACCUGCAAAUGUCAUGGCAUCUCUGGGAGCUGCAGCAUCCAGACCUGCUGGCUGCAGCUGGCUGACUUCCGGGAGAUGGGGGACUACCUGAAGGCCAAGUAUGACCGGGCCCUGAAAAUUGAGAUGGAUAAGCGGCAGCUGAGGGCUGGCAACAGCGCUGAGGGCCGCUGGGCACCCGCUGAGGCCUUCCUUCCCAGUGCAGAGGCAGAGCUGAUCUUUCUAGAGGAGUCGCCGGAUUACUGCACCCGCAAUUCCAGCCUGGGCGUCUCUGGCACCGAAGGUCGGGAGUGUCUGCAGAACGGCCGCAACGCAUCCCGGUGGGAGCAGCGCAGCUGUGGACGCUUGUGUACCGAGUGCGGCCUGCAGGUGGAAGAGAGAAGAACUGAGGCCAUCAGCAGCUGUAACUGCAAAUUCCAGUGGUGCUGUACAGUCAGGUGUGACCAGUGCAGGCGUGUGGUGAAUAGGUACUACUGCUCCAGCUCCCCGGGCCGCGCGUGGUCCGGACGCAAGGCCAGCGCCUGA